GACCAUCGUCCACUAACAUGACAGGAUCAUCUCACGAAUUUCAAGAUAUCGAAGAGGCGACGACAGCUUUGCAGUCACAGCCCGACAAUAAGACCCGUAGAUAUGACCGUCAGCUUCGUUUGUGGGCAGCAUCUGGACAGAGUGCUCUUGAAUCAUCUCGGAUUUUGGUGAUAUCCGCUUCAGCUACUUCAUCUUCCGUCCUCAAGAACCUCGUUCUUCCUGGGAUCGGUCACUUCACCAUCCUCGAUCAUGCUUCAGUCUCGCAUUCAGAUGCGGGAAACAACUUCUUCUUAGAAGGAUUCAAAAGCAUCGGGAAGUCCAGGGCUGAGGAAGCCGUGCGUCUGCUAUCUGAGCUGAAUGACGGUGUAGAAGGAAAAGCGGACACAAGGACACUCGAAAGCAUAUUAGACACACAGCCAGAGUGGUUUGCAACAUUCACCCUUGUUAUCACACAUAAUCUCGAGCAGACGAUACUCGAGAAACUAUCAUCGUUACUGUGGUCAGAUGACACAUACCCACCACUUGCAGUCAUACGAUCGGCUGGUUUUCUUGCAGAGUUCUUUAUCCAAUUCCAUGAACAUAACAUCAUUGAGAGCCACUCGGAAACAUCGCCUUCUCUUCGCAUCGACAAGCCAUUCCCGGCGCUAUUAGAACAUGCAUUAUCGCUCGAUUUGUCUUCUAUGGACCCAACUGAGCAUGGUCAUAUUCCGUACGUUACUAUUCUUGUUCGUGCACUGGAGGACUGGAAGAAAAAGCACGAUGGAAAUCCCCCGAAGUCUUACGCAGAAAAAAAAGAGUUCAAACAGGGAAUACUUGCACUGAAAGUGAAAUAUGAUGAAGAGAAUUUCGAUGAGGCAGAAGCGCAGGCGUACCGUUGCUGGAGCGAGACUAAGGUUCCUUCUGAAAUAUCCGCUUUAUUUUCUGAUCCUAGACUUGCUUCGCUCGGACCAACUUCCCCUCCUUUCUUCCACCUCCUCGCAGCGCUCCGAGAUUUUACGCUUUUGCCGCCAUAUGCACUUCCACUUUCACCAACACUGCCUGACAUGAAAUCAGAUACGAAUAAUUACAUCCAUCUCCAGCGUUUGUAUAAGACACAAGCGGAAGAGGAGAAACGCGUGUUCAAGAGCUUGCUAACUGUGCCUAUAGAAGACUCUUUGGUAGACUCCUUAGUCAAGAAUGCACAUGCGUUGCAAAUCAUGCAGGGCAAAAAGUGGGGGACUUUUGAUAGCGAGAAAAGUGCUCUGGUGAACUCCUUAUCGGUGUCACCCAAAGAAACAUCGACACAUCUUGCCCUUUCAGCACUGUUCACCUUGCUCUCUCGCCAACCAGAUAUUCCUCCUACCGAAGAAGCACUGAGGACUGAGAUUCAGUCCGUUAUAGGUCAGGGAGUAGAACUUCCUGAACAAUUGGACGACGCUCUCGGCGAAAUCGUUCGUGCGCCCACUGCUGAAUUGCCCAACGUAGCCGCUUUUCUGGGCGGCAUGGUAGCACAGGAAGUAAUCAAAAUUAUCACGAAGCAGUAUGUGCCAGCGAAUGGCUACUGUGUGAUCGAUUUGAUUGAGACUUGGACGGGAGUUAUCGGCAACUGACGGGGUAAGGUGGUUUAUUCGCGGUACUAGUGCACGUACUAUUUGUAAAGUUAGAAAUCAGAGAAAUGGAACAGACCAAAUAACCUG